GAAAAGAAAGCACCUUCUGGGUGCAAACACGGCCGCUGCGUAAACGUGUGGGGCGUGUGCGCCGCUCACCACUUGUACGUGUGCAGGCAAGCGGGGGACACCCGUUGCCCCGUGGUGCUGUGCGGCCCUAAAAGAAGAAGAGCUGGGUGUCUGGCGCGGUGUACGCCAUGACAAGCACCGCACCGACACCAGCAGCGACGCCCACCAUCGCCGUUGAUGUGCGAAUGGUUGGGGUGCUGGGGUGCAGCGCGUCGGGCAAGUCCACCGUUGCGCAUCAGCUUGCGCAGCACCUUUCCUCACCGCUGCACCCCAUCAGCACCGAUCAAUUUUUUCUUGAUGACGUCUGCACCAGACUCGGCACCUACGACGACUACCGCUGCCUCGACUACGCCACAAUCACGCACUGGAUGCAGACGCUGCGGCAGAGUUCCCUGGUUGAAUGUGGGGCACCAUCGGAAGGUACGAGCGAUGCGUGGGCAGCACACACACGAGACGCGUGGUGCGCACAGAAGCUCGCACAGCUCCCUGACCUGGCCCCUUACCUGCGCUCCCCCACCGGCCUUAUAGAACCGUGCCCAACAGGGCGUAGGGCGGAGGCGGCGGGCAACGAGGAAGCGGAAGAUCUGCCGGAUGACGCAUCCCUCUGCGCUCACGAAGCGGAGGACGGGGAACGGCGGGCUAACGCUGUCGCCCCCACAACACCCGGGAGCUCUUCAGCCGAUCCCAUCGGCGUAAGCUGUCCGCCUGGGGGACCCGGUGCCGCCGUGCGCAACGCGAUCACCGUCUAUGUGGUGUGGGAGGGGUUUACGCUUCUCUGCGGUGCCGCCGUGAGCGCGUGCGUGGACGACGUCGUCGUGGUGCGGUGCGAGCCGGAGACGGCGUGUCUUCGGCGCUUCUUCCGCUCUCCGCGUCGCCACGUGAUACAGCACGCGAUCCAAUUGCUUCGUGAGGACGAAGCUGAUGGAACAGGGAAGAAGAGGAGCCCUCAUGGCGAUGGCGUCGAGGAAACGAAAGGAGAGGCUGAGGAGCGACUCCGCGCCAACGCCGCGCUGGCGGUGACCCGCGUGGUGCGACAGCUCUAUCGCCCGCGCAUUACGCAGAUGUGGGCGGCGCGGUCGUGCGAGGCGCAACGCAUUGCCUUGCGAAAUGACCUUCUGCAAGAAAUGCGGCGGGAUAUGCAAAACGAUGGCGACGACGGUGAUGCCGCUGCUGCUGUGGCGGUCGAGGGUGUGGAGCGCCUUCUGGCGCCGACGGUAUUCAAUCCACCUCGCCCACACGUACCGAGUGGAAUGACAGGUGCGACGAGUGGGGAGAGGGGGGAGGAAUCACCCACGUGCGACACCGACGCGUACUGGACUCCCGAGGGCGUUCCCACGCGUGCCUUCCAGCGCUUUUGGGAGGUGGAGUUUGAGCAGUGGCUCUCGCACCCAUCGUCUCCGUCAGACGCGAGGGCCUUAUCGUGGGCGUCCGUCUCCGCUGCUGGGGAGGAGGGAAAGAUGGACAGGUCGGUGUUUGUGCCUCGCGGAGACGGUGCGGAUCAUCCGACGGUCUCCGCGCCGUUGACUCCCGCAACGGACGUUGCCGCCGAUAACGGUCUCACCGGGAAGGCCUACGUGGCGCAGGUGCUGGCCGAACGAGGACUGCAGGCGCUCGCACGCGAGCCGAGUCAGACCGCGCCUGCUGCUGCAGCUGCGGCUCACGGAGCGACCUCCUCUUCCUGGUCACCCCCGCCCAGUGCGUCGUGCGUGGCAGCGGCGCUCGCGCCCUUCUACUACGAGUUUCGUUACUGGUUCUUCUUUGAGGUGCUCUUCUACGAUCGUCUCCUGUCGCCUUUGCAGAUGCACCGUGUGCGGCAUCGAUCGCCGUGUGGGACUGCUGCUGCUGCGUCCGCGGUACGGCCGUGGUGGGUGGUGGACAACGGCCAUGCACUGCAAGGGAAGAAGGAGCAAGAACUUCUGCGCGUGGUGCAGCACGUCGCCACCUCCAUGCUGGCCUUGAGAGGGUAG